UGGAAAUGUUAAGUGCCACAUUCCCUCAGAAAGAGUUUGGAUAUCUGCCUGGAUUGCAUACUGCUUAUGAAUGAGGUAACUUUCAAAGCAUCGAAAUACUCAGUUUCACCAGACUUAAGAUUUGUUCUUCUUGCAUAUGAUGUAAAACAGGUUUUUCAUUAUUCUUAUACAGCUUCAUACGUGAUUUACAACAUACACACACGGGAAGUUUGGGAGUUAAACCCUCCAGAAGUAGAGGAUUCAGUAUUACAGUAUGCAGCAUGGGGUGUCCAAGGGCAGCAACUGUACUUUGUAGCAAAUGAUUCCAUGCUGGACCUGGCAUGGAGGCAGGGAUGGGAGCACUGGACAGCAGAAGGAGAAAGCUGUCUCUGUUUAUUCAGUGAGACGUAUCAUAGUAGAAGUCUGAAUGUAAAAUCUAUUUUCAACAUAUGCAGUUUUCUAUGAGAGAUACAGAGUUCCUCCACAGCACUUGAUGCAAUAUGGAUAGUUUUUAUUGUCUGUCACCAGAAAGAUUACUUAAAGUAGCAAUCAAUGAUGUGUGGUUAGAAGGUCUUCAGUUUGUCUGAUCUUUUAAGAAAAAGUUUUACAUAGUUGACACCUUAAUUUCACUCUAGGUGGCACAUGUUUAUUUUGUAUGACGUUCUUUCUAUUCACUUUUAUCCAUGUAAACCACUUUGCCUUUGUAUUUACAGUAGGUAUUAUAUGUUAUUUAUUGAACUGAGCUAAUUAUUCUUAUGAUAUUUUAUGUGGUUGUGAAAGGAACUGUUGGAUAAGCAUAAAUAAUGGUCGAUUCAGUUAUGUAUGAAUGCUUAUUUGUAAAUAAAUCCAUAUUUUAUAAAUAGCAGAAAUAAAGCAAAUGGUUUAGCUCUCUAGAAUACUAAAAAAUAAAUAACUUUGUAGAAGCUUGAUAGCUUUCUUCAUCAAAAUUUGAUGCCAUCAACAAGAAAGUAUUAUUAAAUGGUAGGACUGAAGAUGAGCUUUUAUUAUGCUUUAACGCAAUUUAAGCCUCAUUGUGUAGAAUUACCUAUUAUCCUUUACACACAGUGAAUGAUUUGUUGGCUGCAGCUGAACUGUGGAUUCAAGUUGCUCUCAUCAAAUUUUGGAAAAUGUAUAAAGUAUUAGAGAACAAAGUAUCCCUCUUGUUCCAAUAUUGGAAAGGAUAAUCAUAACUAAAGAUGCACAGAAGCUGAAGUAUUUACUGAAAGAAAAUGAGAGAAAAAAGAGAAACUAAAGGAAAAGGACCUCACUUUGUAUUAAAACUAUGUAAAUCCAAACAAAAGGAAACUUAUUAACAAAAGAGAGACAAACUUGAUUUUAUUAUCAAAAAUAAACACACUAGUUUAAGAACCCUCUGCUUUAUUGUCAUUCAGCGUUGUCAAAGCAUUACUGCUUGGAGGUCAGUUUUGCCUUCUCUUCUUACCAGCAGUUAUGGCCCCACUAAAACGAAAGCACCUUUUGGACUUGUGACAAUUCCUUACUUCCUUAUUUAUUUAUUGCAUUAGAAUACUGUUUUAGAUAAUACU